AUGGCUUCUGAAUUGCUCAAAAUCAAUGGGGAGAGGUUGAAUAAUACCUUACAAGAUACCUGCACGCAAUAUGGCGCUCUCGCCGCCCCAUCAACAGGCAUGUGCCGCCUCACCCUAACACAAGAAGACAAAGACGUUCGAGACUGGCUGGUCUCAGAAUGCAAAAGCCUAGGCUGUGAGAUCAAAAUCGACCAAAUAGGAAACAUAUUCGCCAUACGGCCGGGCACAGCAAAAGACAAGAAACCAAUCGCGAUGGGCAGUCAUAUGGACACCCAGCCAGCUGGCGGACGGUACAUACACAUAAACAUCCAAGUAUACACGUUUGACUAA